CGUUUUUCUCGAGCAAUGAUGUUUGCUAUUGAGGAGAUUAACAACAGCACAGAGCUGUUGCCAGGCAUCACACUUGGAUAUCAGAUUUUUGACUCAUGUGCUUCAGUGCCCAUGGCUGUUGAUGUUGCAUUUCAACUGUCAAAUGGCCAGGAUCCUAUGUUUUACAAAGGCAGCAACUGUUCACAGUCUGGUGUGGCGAUAGCUGCUGUUGGUGACUCUCCAUCCACACCAUCUAUCAGCAUAUCACAAAUUAUUGGGCCUUUCAAUAUUCCUCUGGUGAGCUAUUUUGCCACCUGUGCCUGCCUGUCAGAUAAGCAGCAGCACCCAAGUUUUUUCAGAACUAUUCCCAGUGAUCAGUUCCAAGCUGAUGCUCUGGUCAAGUUAGUGAAACACUUUGGCUGGACUUGGAUUGGUGCUGUUCACUCUGACUCAGAUUAUGGAAAUUAUGGAAUGGCAUCUUUCCUUGAUGCAGCACAAAAAGAAGGAAUUUGUGUGGAGUACUCUGAAGCUUUUUCUUGGACAAACCCACAUAGCAAGAUCCAGAGAGUAGCUGAUGUUAUCCGAAGGUCAACAGCACUGGUUGUUGUGGCAUUUAUAGCCUCUGCAGAAAUGAAAGUCUUGUUAGAGGAGCUGGAUCUGGAGCCUCCACCACCUCGUCAGUGGAUAGGAAGUGAGGUCUGGAUUACUGACCCAGACUUGAUGAAGUUUGGUUUCUGUGCAGGAGCCAUUGGAGUUGGAAUCCAAAAAUCUGUCAUCCCAGGUCUGAGAGACUUCCUGCUUGACCUCUCACUCACUGAAGUAGCUGCCUCCUCACUGCUUACUGAGUUCUGGGAGGAUGCAUUCAACUGCACUCUGACAGAGAGUAAGAGGUUAUGUGAUGGAAGUGAAGAUAUAAAAACACUCAAAAGCCCGUACACUGAAACAUCUCAAUUACGAAUUACUAACAUGGUGUACAAGGCUGUUUAUGCAGUAGCUCAUGCCAUUCACAAUGCUGUGUGUGAGGAAAGAAAUUUCACAACUCAGUGUGACAAAAAUAGUAGAUUAGAAUUCAAACAGGUGUUAUCAAAACUAAAAUCAACCAACUUUUCCCAAAAUGGUUAUCCUGUGUCAUUUGAUGCUAAUGGGGAUCCUGUGGCUUUUUAUGAGCUGGUAAACUGGCAGAAGACUGAGAGUGGAGUCAUUGAGCUGGUAACAGUAGGAUACUAUGAUGCAUCACUGCCAAAAGGCCAAGAACUCCAUAUAAGCAAGAACAUAACUUGGGUGGAGGGUGGCAAAAAAGUACCAGUGUCAGUGUGCACUGAAAGUUGUCCUCCAGGAACUCGUAAAGUGUUGCAGAAAGGAAAACCCAUCUGUUGCUAUAAUUGUAUACUUUGUGCUGAAGGGGAGAUCAGUAACACGACAGAUUCUCUUGAGUGUGUUCCAUGUCCAAAAGAAUUCUGGCCAAAUGCAGAAAGAGAUGUUUGUUCUCCUAAACCUGAAGAAUUUCUGUCAUUUGAUGAAAUUCUGGCAAUCAUCCUGGCUACAUUUUCUGUUAUUGGAGCCUGUCUGGCCAUCAUGAUAGCAGUAAUUUUUUUUAAUCACAGAACAACUCCAAUUGUUAAAGCCAACAACUCUGAGCUGAGCUUCCUGCUGCUCUUCUCUCUGACUCUGUGUUUCUUAUGUUCAUUAACUUUCAUUGGAGCCACCGGAGACCYGAAGAUCUGGACUGACGAUGGACCUUUUGGAGAAUGGACAGAGUUUGCUGAGGCCAGCACUAUGUCAAGACCUAGAUCCAGAACACUGAAGGCCUCCCGUCCUGACCAGCAGAAGCUGAUCUUCAUGCACCCUGUCCGACUGCAGACAAGAUCUACAACAUCUGGCAGGUGUCCACCCUUUCACCCAGCACCAUAA